AUGGGAAAGAUCACCUACCGCGACGGCAUUGCAAUCCUCCAGCUCAUCAUAUUCCCCAUCAUCCUCGUUGCUGCCAUUUUCAUCUGGAAGCGAUCAGGCUGGAGGGUUGGCAGCAAGAUCUGGCGAUAUCCUGUCACACUCUCGCUCAUUCGAAUUGCUGGCAGUAUUUCUUCGUUGCUCUCGAUCAAUAACGACUCGUACAACAUCAGAGUGGCUGAGGCACUGGCGACCGCGGAAGUUCUCCCUCCCACCAAAACGCAGACUAACAGUUGUGCUCUCAGUGAUGUGGAGGAAAAAAUGCCGCCCAGGCCGAUGAAACUAGUGACGUUAAUCACCUUCAUUGGCCUUAUUCUUGGUAUCGCAGGUGUCAGUUCCGGUGGUUAUCCACCCGGCAAACUCGCCAAGGCCGCCAUGGGCAUCUUCCUCGCCGUCUUCGUGCUUUUCCUCGUACUGAGUGUCUGGUUAUUCUUGGAACUCAGCGGUUCAUUGCGACGAUUCCAGAAGAAGCUCUUUAUCGCCAUUGUCCUGUCUACCCCCUUCUUGGUGGCCCGGCUGAUCUACUCGGCCCUCGGCGAUUACACUUCUCUGGAUACUUUCUCUCUGGAUGGAAAUCCAACCGUCUAUCUAUGCAUGGCGGUGCUGGAAGAAAUCAUUGCCUUGGCAGUCACCAUGGUCUUGGGUAUAUUGGCUGUGUUGGAGCCGGACUUUGUCAAAAUCACUCCUCAAUCCCGGGAGGACCCGGAACAGAAGCCCGAGGGGGUGAAUUUCUAA